AUGGUUGAUGAGAACAAUCUUCGGUUGAUUUGGAGCAACGUUGCUCAAUUUCUGAAUCAAAAUGACCUAACCUCUUUGGCAAGGACAAGUAAGUUUUUUGCGUACGAGAUUUGCGACCCACAACUGUAUCAGAAUAUUGUCAUCUCAAGAGAUCCUGUCUUAAGGUCCGACAAGACUUUCCUCGACACCAACAAUUCGUAUAUCUCUGGCUAUCGUUCGCUGAAAAAAACUGGUGACCAGAAUGACUUGUUCUUGCAUGACAGAAUUCAUCGAUUAGUGAACAGUUCUCAGCUGGGACUAGUCAAGACCUUAAUAAUUCAAGAGGACAACUUCGUUUAUCAAGAGGACGGACAACCCAUUCUAAAAGAGUUAAUAGAGCAAUUGAUUGAAUUAGGCCAAAUAGAGACUUUAGAAAUACGGGACAAAGAUCUUUUCGAACAUUACUAUCAAUCUCUGAAGGAGCUUCCAAAGCUAAAGAGGUUUGUUGCCACCAAAAUCGAAGACCUCAACAGCCUCCGCUGUUUGAAAAACCUUAAAUCACUUGAAUUGUUAUUAAAUGCUCCUGAUUUUGAACAUGGCUGUUUAUCCGAAGAGGUUAAAUUAGCAUUGACCCAUAACAUAGAGGAACUGGUCAUCGAUGACAUGGAAUUUUCUAGCUUGCGGCUGUUCCAAUACUUUGAGAGUGAAAAAAUUAAGUUGAAUGCAGUUCAAGCUUUGAAAUUCAAUCACGUUCAUGGUAUCCAUGACUAUAAUAAAACCAUGAGGGAGCUUACAACUGUGUUUUUCAAGAAUGUUUUUAAGUUGGAAAACAUCGUUAAGCUGGAAAUGGAACUUUCUUGUGAAGAGUCAGGUUGCAGUUGUAUUGACGACUUUCUUCUGGAUUUGGCACCCAAGGUUACAAGUCUUCGUGAUCUAGGUUUAAUCGAGAAGACUUUUAUCACCCAAGGUAACCAUUACACGGAAGAAAAUUGGGAUUUGGCAAUUAAUAGGUUCAUUUUGAACUUGCCAAAUGUUUCAGAACAAUUGAGAACACUUGCGAUCCGCCAUAAUCCUCCUUUAAAUGGCCUUACCGAAGAUUCCGUUGAGGGAAAUUAUAUCAGACGGAGGACAAUUUAUGAAAACGUUUUACCAAAAUUAUGUAACCUGCAGACAUUGAUUGCGCCCUCUUUUCUUCAGUCUGUGGCGGCAUACGAGAUACUGGUCUGUGAUCUUCUGUGGAAUGGUUGUGAGUGUAGCUUCUGCGAAAAGGUCCUAGAUGUUUUUGACAAGUUUAUCAUGAAUCAUCAGUACUACUCUUUUGCUGAAGGUGAGUUUAAGGACAUUAUACCAACCGUUUUCUUUGCAUACUGUGGAGACGCAAUUGCUCGCCGUUUUAUCACCGAGAUAGACUGGGACUUGAAAGCAUUGUCAACUUGCCCUGUGACGCACGUAUGGGACCUUCAUGGCUACGAAUACGUACAGCAUUUUGAAGAUUAUGACUGCCAUUACGAUCAGUCUGCAUUUGUUCACCUGGUGAAAUGCGUGUCACAUUUCUUCAAUUCGUACAUGGAUUGUCUUGUUAAGUUCUUACCAUCUCUCAAAUUCUGUAUUAUCUCGGGUGUUUAUUACACAAUUGAUGACAAGGGAAACUACGAAUGCAUUUACGACUAA